AUGGUAUAAAUAGUAACAGACCAGGCCCAGACAGACAGAAGCUAUUCAAACGCUUGUGGAGUAAGAGCCGAACUAUCACCGAAAUGAAAUUCUUGGUCGUUGCCGUUGCCUUCCUGGCCUGCGCCAGUGCUGAUGUGUCCCAGCUGAGCUCGGGCUAUAACUAUCAAGCGCCCGCUCCGGUCUACCAGCCAGCUCCAGCACCCAUCACCUACGAAGCACCCGCUCCGGUCUACCAGCCAGCGCCCGCUCCGGUUUACCAGCCAGCACCAGCUCCAGCUCCAGUCUACCAGCCAGCUCCAGCUCCAGCUCCGGUCUACCAGCCAGCUCCAGCUCCAGUCUACCAGCCAGCACCGGCUCCGGUCUACCAGCCAGCUCCGGCUCCGGUCUACCAGCCAGCCCCUGCCCCAAUCCAAAUCGAGACACCUGCACCUGCUCCAGUCAGCAGCUACAUCCCACCCGCACCAGUCUCGAUCCCAGCUCCUGCUCCAGUCAGCAGCUACAUCCCACCCGCACCAGUGUCGAUCCCAGCUCCUGCUCCAGUCUACCAGCCUGCCCCUGCCCCUGCUCCAGCACCAAUCCAAAUCCCAGCUCCUUUGCCCGGCAAGAUCGCUCCUGCUCCCGUGAGAUCCUACAUUCCUCCUGCGGCACCAGCACCCGUCAACCUGCCCGCCCCAGCUCCAAUCAACGUGGCCCCUGCUCCAGCUCCGGCUCCCAUCAACGUUGCUCCGGCUCCAACCAACCAGUACAUCCCCCCAGCAGCUCCCGCUCCCGUCCAAGCUGAAGCCCCAGCACCAGUUGCUCCAGUCUCUCUGCCAGCCCCUGCUCCGGUCAACCAGUACAUCCCUCCUGCCGCUCCCGCUCAGGCUGCCAUCCGUGUUCCCGCCCCCGCACCAGCGCUGGCUCCCCAGCCCUCUCUGGAGGAGAUCGAGCCCAUCUCUAAUGAUGGAUACCGCUACAAGACCGUGCGUCGUAUCAUCCGUCGCCGCUUCUAAGCAGUGAUCGAGAGUCCUAAGUCUAGGGCGAUGACAAGAAGUUGAUUCAAUAAAAAAAAAUAUUAAGUUUGUACAAAAAACAAAA